AUGGAGGUCUGGUGGUGCGUGCGCGAGCAGUUGAUGCCGAUGAGCUGCUUCCUGCCGCUGCCGAGCUCGGACAUGGAGAUGGUCGUGGAUCGCUCGGCGGGUUGGAACGAGGCCUCGAGCAGCUCGCAGGCCCUGGCGCGCAUCCUCCCGGGCCAGAGGGAGGACGACGCUGACCUGCUGGGGGGCCGCCUGCUGGGCGACGUGGCUGGUCGCUUCUGGACGGAGCACAGUGAGAGGUGCUGCAUGGCGAGCGCGGCGGCGGCUCUUGGCAGGGACCGCUCGACCAUCGACAGGCUCGGGCGCUGGUCAUCGUCCAUGUCGGAGGGGUACGUGAGGACGCAGAGGAUCGUCGUGGAGCGCUUGCAGUCGGAGCUGGCCUGCUACGCGCGCGGGGGCCGCGGGGGCCCGGACUUCCUCGACGAGAACGACACGCUGGACCAGCUGGGGGCCUACCUGCGGAAGCGGGGCUGCGGGGCCGCAGAGGUCGAGCAGAUCGGGAGCAACCUGAAGUACUUCGGGGGCUACCCUGGAGCGCCGAGGCCCGAGGGGCUGACCGGCGGUCCAGUGGCCGGGCGCAUCGGGGGCCUCGAGCUGGAGCAGCCCUCCCCCGAGCCCGGCGGCCCGCCGCUGGCGGCGCUCAAGGACCUGGUCGACGACGACGAGCUCGAGGAGGAGGUGGAGGCGCUGACGCCCAUCGCGACCUCCAGCGAGGAGGACGUUCCGCCCGCAGGCUACGUCAUCUCGAUAUCGGAGAAGGGGCGGCAGCGGCUGCACCAUCGGGAUCGCUGCCACAGGAUCCCGGGCCUGGACUGCAAGAACUAG